GCUCCCCGGUGCCGGCCCCCGCCCCGGCCGCGGGCGCCUUCGGCAGCCUGGCCCCGCCGCUGGGGCCGCCCGCGCUGCUGCCCGAGCCGCCGGCGAGCAGGAAGAAGAGCGUGAACAUGACCGAGUGCGUGCCCGUGCCCAGCUCCGAGCACGUCGCCGAGAUCGUGGGCCGGCAAGGCUGCAAAAUCAAAGCCCUGCGUGCCAAGACCAACACGUACAUCAAGACACCGGUCAGGGGUGAGGAGCCCGUGUUCAUCGUCACCGGCAGGAAGGAGGACGUGGAGAUGGCCAAGCGCGAGAUCCUCUCGGCCGCCGAGCACUUCUCCAUGAUCCGGGCCACGCGCAACAAAGUCAACGGGCUGACGGGGGCCUUGCAGGGGCCCCCCAACCUGCCUGGCCAGACCACCAUCCAGGUGAGGGUCCCCUACCGCGUGGUGGGGCUGGUGGUGGGACCCAAGGGCGCCACCAUCAAGCGCAUCCAGCAGCAGACGCACACGUACAUCGUGACGCCCAGCCGGGAUAAGGAGCCCGUGUUCGAGGUGACGGGCAUGCCCGAGAACGUGGACCGGGCGCGCGAGGAGAUCGAGGCGCACAUCACCAUGAGGACAGGCUCCUUCAUCGAUGUCAACGCCGACAACGACUUCCACUCCAACGGCACCGACGUCUGCCUGGAGCUGCAGGGCGGCGCGGCCGCCCCGUGGGCCAAGGCCCCGCACCCGGCCCAGCGCCCCCCGGCCGCGCUGCGCAACGACAGCCUGAGCUCCCUGGGCAGCGGCUCCACCGAGUCCUUCUACAGCGGGCGCGUGGCGGCCGCCAGCCCCACCAGCCCCUACAGCACCUUCAGCGAGCCCCCGGCCCCGCUGGGCUCCGACGAGUGCGACUUCGGCUUCGACUUCUUGGCCCUCGACCUCACCACGCCCACCACCACCAUCUGGUCGCCCUUCGAGCGCUCGGGCAACCCCCUGCAGGCCUUCAGCAGCUGCUCCUCCAUCAACAGCUCGCAGAGACGCAACAGCGGCCCGGCCACGCCGCGCCACUCGCCCACACUGCCCGAGAGCGGGGCGGCGGGGCUGGAGCACCCCUCGGCGCGGCGCAUCCCCAGCGACCCCACCGGCGCCCUGGCCUGGCUGCCCGCGCAGGGCUCGCUCUCCUCCUUCUCCAACAGCACCGGCUACUCCUCCUCCUCCUCGCUGCCCGGCAGCAUCUCGGCCGCCUCGGGCUCGCCCACCGACUCGAGCAGCUCGGACGGGCACCGCAAGAGCUCGCGGGAGUGCAUGGUGUGCCUGGAGAGCGAGGUGAUGGCCGCGCUGGUGCCCUGCGGCCACAACCUGUUCUGCAUGGAGUGCGCCCUGCGCAUCUGCGGCCGGGCGCAGCCGCAGUGCCCCGCGUGCCACGUGCCCGCCACCCAAGCCAUCCACAUCUUCUCCUAGCGCGGGGGCUCGCCCGGGACCCCCCUCCACCCCAACACCACGGCGUUUUAAGGACUUUCUACUGUUGAAAUCGAGCUUUUUAUUUAAUACCAGAUGAGAUGGGCGCAGGGGCGGGAGGGGGGAGAGGCGGCGGCCGGAGGCGCAGAGGGCACG